AUGCGUCCCUUCACUCAAAGCCUUCGCCCAGCGCGCUCCUUUCUUUCAUAUACAUCCCUUACUUCAAAGCGAACACAGCCAUCUCGUCUCUCCUCACAGCUUGUUCACUUCCACGAUGCUGCAUCGAGACCGUCUGUGACACGAUCUGCACACAUCUUCCCAUCAAGCAUCAUCCGCCACAACUCCACAGCGCGCCCUCUCACGAGAGACUCACCCACGCGGACAGAAACCGAUGAAGAGCGUGCCGCUAGGAACGAGGAGCGUCGCAAGAACGAAGAGGCCUAUCGCAUCACCUUCACCUGCAAGCCGUGCGGUGAGCGCUCGUCGCAUCGCAUGUCGAAGCAGGGAUAUCAUCGCGGCACGGUUCUCAUUCAAUGCCCCUCCUGCCAGAACCGUCAUGUCAUGAGUGAUCACCUUGGCGUUUUUUUCGAUAAGAGAACUACAUUAGAGGAUCUCCUGAAGGAGAAGGGGCAGGUUUUGACACAUGGUCGCACCGAUGGUAACCUCGAGUUCUGGGAGGAUGGCACAGUCAAGAGCUUUGCCUUGGAUGGCCAAGAGCUCUUGGGCUCUUCUGACAAGAAUAUUGCCGGCGAACAGACCUCUUGA